CAGGUGAACAUAACCACUCGGCCACGGGGCCAGCCCCCAUACUAAAAUAUUUUGAAAGAAAGAAUAUGAUGUAAGGGAUUUGCCUCAAAAUAAUCCGAGGCAGGCAGAAGCGGGUGGGGGUGUGGACGGCUGCACAAUUCAAUAGGUGUUGACCGCUCAGUGGUCUGGACGUGGGGGUUCCUUUUUGCAGAUGCUUUAAUUUUUCCAGAAUAAAAAGUAAAAAAACAAAGCACCCUUCAUUCUGGGGUACGUUUCACAGGCACCCCAGGUGGGUGCAUGCCGGGGAUCUACCCACCCUACCUGGAGAAACAGCUCUGCGGGGCUCAUGGACGUGAACUCAGGCGGUCCUGCAGAGUAACCCCUGGGCCAGAGCAAAGGGCCUACUCGGUUCACCUCCCUGCGCCUUCCCCCUCCGCCAAAUAAAUGGGGACAACAGGGGUCCUCAGGGAGAUGAGGGUGCAUAUCGUGUCUGGCCUUGUCUCUUUUUACCUGGGCCGCCUGGAAGCUGAAUUUUAGCCAGUGCGGAUUUAUACGGAUUUGUCUGUCUAUUCUUCUUUGGAAGUAAAGAGGUUUUGAAAAUAAUUGUUGAUAGGAUGGUGUGAUUUUUUUUUUCUUUUCCAAAACUUUUUUUAAUGUUCUUUCAUUUGUGCAAUGAGAAGAGGGAGUGUUUGGGUGCCCUGGGUGGAUGCCUCGGAAGGCUGUCUCUGCGCCCUUCUGAGGCCCCUUCCCAAACCCCGCACUCCGCGGGGGGUGAGGUACUUUCCUCCGAGAAGAAAGUCACUGCUUCCUGGUGGGGCCCCAAGGUCGUGGCCGAGGGCACAGGUGGGGCGGGGGAGGAAGGGGUUUGAGCAGGGCCAGCCGGCGCGGCAGGUUUGUCCUCGUCCGCGGCGGGCCCGGUGUUGAUACAACAGAGCCUGGGAAGGAGAAGCAGCCGGGAGUGGCUCGUCGCCGCCUGCGGAACCCCGGCCGGGCUGGUCCCACCCGCCCGUCGCCCGCCGCCCGCCGCCGCGGCCCGGGGGCUCCCUGCCAGGGGUCGGAGGAAGGAAGCCGCCGGAGAGCCGAGCCCCAGCGCCCGCUCCAGACCCCCAGCCCGGGACCUGCUCGGAUGCAGCUGGGGUAGGAAGACCAAGGCUGGGUCAAGAUGGCGUCCGUGUUUCGAAGUGAGGAGAUGUGUCUGUCACAGCUGUUCCUCCAGGUGGAGGCUGCCUAUUGCUGUGUGGCUGAGCUUGGAGAGCUUGGAUUGGUUCAGUUCAAAGAUUUAAAUGUGGCUGUGAACAGCUUCCAAAGGAAAUUUGUGAAUGAAGUCAGAAGGUGUGAGUCGCUGGAGAGAAUCCUCCGUUUUCUGGAAGAUGAGAUGCAAAAUGAGGUUGAGGUUCAACUGCCUGAGAAGUCCCCACCGACCCCUCUGCCACGGGAAAUGAUUACCCUGGAGACUGCUCUAGAAAAACUGGAAGGAGAGUUACAGGAAGCCAACCAGAACCACCAGGCUUUGAAGAAAAGCUUCCUAGAACUGACGGAACUCAGGCAUCUACUGAAGAAAACCCAGGACUUCUUCGAGACGGAAACCAAUUUAGCUGAUGAUUUCUUUAUUGAAGACACUUCGGGUCUCCUGGAGUUAAGAGCUACGCCUGCAUACAUGACCGGAAAGCUGGGGUUCACGGCCGGCGUGAUAAACAGGGAGAGGAUGGCUUCCUUUGAGAGGUUGCUGUGGCGCGUUUGCCGAGGAAACAUCUACUUGAAGUUCAACGAGAUGGACAUGGUUCUCGAGGAUCCCGUCACAAAAGAAGAAAUUAAAAAGAAUAUAUUCAUCAUAUUUUACCAAGGAGAGCAGCUGAGGCAGAAAAUCAAGAAGAUCUGUGAUGGGUUUCGAGCCACGGUAUACCCCUGCCCAGAGCCUGCGGCGGAGCGCAGAGAGAUGCUGGCUGGCGUCAACAUGAGGCUGGAAGAUUUAAUCACCGUCAUAACACAAACAGAGUCUCACCGUCAGCGCCUCCUGCAAGAAGCAGCUGCCAACUGGCACUCCUGGGUCGUCAAAGUGCAGAAGAUGAAGGCCGUUUACCAUAUCCUGAACAUGUGCAACAUCGACGUCACCCAGCAGUGCGUCAUCGCUGAGAUCUGGUUCCCGGUGGCGGACACCGGGCGCAUCAAGAGGGCCUUAGAGCAAGGCAUGGAACUAAGUGGCUCCUCCAUGGCCCCCAUCAUGACAGCAGUGCAAUCUAAAACAGAUCCUCCCACAUUUAACAGGACCAAUAAAUUCACAGAUGGCUUCCAGAACAUUGUAGACGCUUAUGGCGUAGGCAGUUACCGGGAAAUAAACCCAGCUCCCUAUACCAUCAUCACUUUCCCCUUCCUGUUCGCUGUGAUGUUUGGAGACUGUGGUCACGGAAUAGUGAUGCUACUGGCAGCCCUCUGGAUGGUCCUUAAUGAAAGGUACUUGCUCUCCCAGAAGACAAACAAUGAGAUUUGGAACACCUUCUUCAACGGGCGCUAUCUGAUCCUCCUUAUGGGCGUCUUCUCCAUCUACACGGGCCUGAUUUACAACGACUGCUUCUCCAAGUCUUUCAACAUCUUUGGUUCUUCUUGGAGUGUCCGACCCAUGUUCAGAAAUGGCACGUGGAAUAGACAAGUAAUGGAAACAAACCCAGUUUUACAGCUGGACCCGGCCAUUCCAGGAGUGUACUCUGGAAAUCCAUAUCCAUUUGGGAUUGAUCCGAUUUGGAAUGUGGCUUCAAACAAACUAACGUUCCUGAACUCCUAUAAAAUGAAGAUGUCGGUCAUCCUGGGAAUCGUCCAGAUGGUUUUUGGCGUUAUUCUCAGCCUCUUCAAUCACAUAUACUUCAGAAAAACUCUCAACAUCAUUCUGCAAUUUAUCCCAGAGAUGAUUUUUAUCCUGUGUCUGUUUGGAUACUUGGUUUUCAUGAUCAUUUUCAAAUGGUGCCACUUUGAUGUCCACAUGUCCCAGCACGCCCCAAGCAUCCUCAUCCACUUCAUCAACAUGUUUCUGUUCAACUACAAUGACCCUUCUAAUGCACCCCUCUACAAACAUCAGCAAGAAGUCCAAAGUUUCUUUGUUAUUAUGGCUUUGAUUUCUGUGCCCUGGAUGCUUCUUAUUAAGCCAUUUAUUCUUCGAGCCAAUCAUCGGAAAUCCCAGUUGCAGGCAUCCAUGGUCCAAGAAGAUGCCAACAAGGACAUGGAAGGUGGCAACUCCAACCCUUCCAUGAGCCCUGGUCAGGGGGCUUCUGCAGGGGCCCACGGGGCUAAGGACGACCAUGAAGAAGAGUUCAAUUUCGGAGACGUCUUUGUGCAUCAAGCCAUCCACACGAUCGAGUACUGCCUGGGCUGCAUUUCAAACACAGCCUCUUACCUCCGGCUCUGGGCCCUCAGCCUGGCUCAUGCACAACUGUCUGAAGUGCUCUGGACCAUGGUAAUGGACAUUGGCCUUCGCAUUCGAGGCUGGGGAGGACUCAUUGGGGUCUUUAUCAUUUUUGCCGUGUUUGCUGUCCUGACAGUGGCCAUCCUCUUGAUUAUGGAGGGCCUCUCUGCUUUCCUGCACGCCCUGCGACUGCACUGGGUGGAGUUCCAGAAUAAGUUCUACGUCGGGGCUGGUUACAAGUUCUGUCCAUUCUCCUUUAAACGCAUCCUGGAUGGGACGGCCGAGGAGUAGCUGCAGGCCCAGCAGUGCCGCCUCCUCCUGCGUUGGUCUCUGUGUCAGUGGAAGAAGUUCAGUCUUGUCUUUAACGUCAGCCUGUGCAAGGCCGUCAAUAGAAUGAUUGUUCUCGGCUAAGUGGAGGCGGGAAGCUAUGUAGUAUUUAGUUAAAAGCCUUGGGAUUUGAUAUGACUUAACCAUGUCAUAGAGGGACCACAAUGGCAAGUCAUUUCAACCUCACGUGGGGUCUUAAUUAUCAAAUACUAAAGUGAUUGAGAAAUGGAGGGGGGCAGGGUGCUAAACUGAUGUUUUCUUGCAAUAUUUUAAGUAUUAUAUUGAAGAAAAUAAACUUCUGGGCCAUUCA